AUGGAGAUGAGGCGGGGCACAACCCAGCUUAUUUCCCUCACGGGAGUAGCUGUUUUAGUCUGUGUUUGGUAUCUGCAUAAGCGUCAAUUGUCGCGUGAAAGUACGCGCAGGGACCUUCAGCCAAAGAUAUCAGCACAAAAGAAAUCGAAAGUUGGAAACCGACCCGCAUUGGACAUUCUUUAUCCAAACUCGGAUAGCCCCAACGCGGAAGAUGCAGAAAUAGACAUCGUCGCAGUCCAUGGCCUUGGCUCCAAUGUGGAUUGGUCGUGGACCUGGAAAGAUGACACCCAGAUAGUGGACGGCAAGCCACGCCUCGUGAACUGGUUGAGUGACAAUAACAUGUUACCAAAAAAAGUGCCUAGGGCACGAGUUCUGGCCUACAACUACGAGUCGAGAUGGCAUCUUGAUGCUGCCACGACUCGGCUCCAGGUUUGCGGUAAACACCUGGCUGAAGCGAUUCAUGAGUUCCGAGAAGAUUCUAGUGAUAGACCGCUCAUAUUUAUCGGACACAGUCUGGGUGGAAACGUCAUUCAACACGCUCUUUUGUACGCAGAAACCGAGCAAAGUUUGAAAUACUUAGUCGAGCUUACCGUCGGACUUAUAUUUUUGGGAUGUCCUUUCAAAGGCUCAAAGAUUCAGCAGCUGGCAACUGUAGUCAUCCAGUCUUUGAAGCUAGCUGGAGCCGACGAGGGAAUUAAUGGAUACCUCGGAUACGGUAGCACUGUUCUGCUAGACAAGGUCGAUAGCUUCCAGCGACUCAUGGAAAGAAAUUCGAUCCCUUUCUGCGCAUUUAUUGAGCAAAGAAAAACAGACUAUGGGAACAAAAUUUACAUCCCAGGACUUAUCAAAGAUCUGGUUGUUAAUGAAGAGUCUGCUGGUGCGUUGGGCCCACACAAAGUUCACUUGAACACGGAUCAUUUCAAAAUCAACAAGUACUCUGGCCCGCAAGAUCGUUCAUUCUUGAGUGUCUCGGCGAAGAUAACCGAAAUGUACAAAGGCUGGCGACCAUUAAUUGCAAGCAGAAUGUCCGGACCCGAAUCUGGCGUACAGAGAAAGCUUAAAUUCAACAAAGAGCGACACGAACGCAUUGUGAAUUUCCUGGCAAAGUUCGACUUUUCGGCGCGAUAUAGCGAUGUCUUUCUCAACAGGCACAAGAAUACCGGGCAAUGGAUCUUGGAGACCGAGAGCUUCCAGCAGUGGCUAUUAACUGCCGGGAAAACACUUUGGUGUCCCGGAAUACCUGGAGCAGGAAAGACCACCCUCUUUGCAAUUGCCGUCAAUUAUCUUCAAGAAAGGUUCUACAAAAAGGAAGACGCGAUUCUUUUUGCAUUUUGCGACUACAAAGACCGCUUGAAUCAAACUGCACACAAUAUUUUGCUCUCGCUGUGGAGGCAACUUAUGCAAAAUCGCAUCCUCACCGAGGCUGAAUGUGAACGACUCGAGACUACGUAUCUUAAGAGAGCCGUGAUUCCAACAACAGACACCGUAUUGAACAUGUUAUCGGAUGAAAUGAGCAAGUACUCCCGGGUAUUCAUCAUGUUGGAUGCCCUUGAUGAACUCACGACCGAAUCUCGCGAUGAACUCCUGUAUCUUAUUUCAAACCUGCCCAAAAACAAAAAAUUGUUGGUCACAUCCCGUGUUCCAAAAGAGAAGACUUCACCUUUCAGCGAUGUUCCUCAAUUGGAGAUUCGAGCCAAGGAAACGGAUCUCACAGAGUACAUCGAUGGCCGGCUACAAUCUAGCAGACUUGCCUCGAAGCUGAUGCACAACAACAAGCUCAAACGUGACAUCAAGGAUACGGUCAUAAAGAAAGCAAACGGAAUGUUCCUCCUUGUUAAGCUUCAUCUCAACGCCCUUGCAGACCAGCACACUACAAAGGGUAUCCAUGCUAGCUUGAGACGCUUACCAGAGGGUGAAAACGCCAUUUCAAGAACAUACGAAGACGCGAUUUCUCGUAUCUCUGAUCAGCCACAGAAAGAUCGGGAACUUGGCGAGAUGAUCAUUCUGUGGAUCACCCAUGCCCAACGACCCUUGAGCCUGAAGGAUUUACAGUAUGCCUUGACUCUACAGGAAGGCGAUGAUGAAAUCGACCCUCAGGAUUUGAUUCCAGGAGAGUUAUUAACUUCAACUUGCGCUGGCCUCGUUACCAUCGAGGAUGUGUCAGGCAGAAUCCAAUUUACCCACUCCACUGCCCAGGAAUACCUCGACUCAAUCAAAUCCGCCAAGUUUCCUAGUGCCGAUGCUUACAUUGCCAAGCGUUGCAUUCAAUAUCUCUCGUUGUCCAUGUUUUGCACAGAUACCAAGGAGAUUCACACGACAGGCUUCUUUAAGACUAUUGCCAAAUUCCCAUUCCUGGAAUACGCAGCACUUCAUUGGGGGCUACAUGCGAAAAAGGCCGACGAUAACGAAACAAAAAAUACGAUCACAAAAGCAGUUCAGUCAUUUUUCAACCUCAAGCUGCAGUCUAUCUUCGCGGUGCGCACUUUGCUGUGCGGGAUUGCCGGUGUCGACGGGGCUGAAAUGGGAGACAAGUUGGCGAGGACUGAGCGAUCUAUCAAGCUGGUCAACAUUGCGGCAUACUUUGGACUGGAUUUUCUGAUUGCAAACCUCGUAGUCAAAAGAUCCGAAGUUAUUGUUGAAUCAUUUGAUGAUUUCGUCGGCAAUGUCUUGCACUGGGCAGCCUUCGGCCAGCAUGACACCACGCUGGCGUUACUUCUGAAUCAGCCGUCUAUAUCCCAAAUGCUGAAUCAGAAGGGAUAUUCGCAGUUUACUCCCCUGCACAUGGCUUUGGUUCACAGGCGCGACCAUUCGGCCGAGAUCCUGUUGGACCAUGGAGCCGAUGUUACAGCGAGGGCGCAUUUUGACCAUACGCCUUUGCUCAUUGCAGCAUUAAACGGCAAUGGAGCGAUGAUUCCGAAAAUUCUCUCAAAGGACAAAGGAAUUGACACCCUGUUGGUCCAGGCACACGGAGGAACUACACCCUUCCGUGCUGCUGCAGGGUUGGGACACAAGGAUGCGAUGGUUGAACUCUUGCGUGCCCUAGACAGUUACGAGCUAAGUGAAGACCUUGACGAGCUCAGGGACGACUUUGGAAGAAAUCCACUUCACAUGGCCGCGGAACAUGGUUAUCUCAACAUCUGUGAGGUUCUUCUCAAGUCAAAGUACGGACCUCAACUUGCUAUCAGCGUGGACUGGUGGGGUGCCCCUCCAGUAGCCUUGUCAAUUCUUCAUGGUCAUGUCCAGGUCACGGAAACGUUCCUCACCUGGAAUGACGGCGCCCUAAUGAAAGGCGAAGAAGGAUUUGUUUCAGACGCUUUGCUGAUGGCUGCGAGAUGGGGACAACCCUUCGUUGUUGACAUGCUCUUGAAACGUCAUCCAGAAAGCUAUUUGAUGGAUUUCCAGAGCCAGACAGUCCUCCAUCAUGCUGCUUUUAGCGGUUCUUUGGAUACCGUGAAAAUUGUUCUGAGGCAUUCCGGGGGACGCGACAUGUUGGAGGUGAGGGACAAAACUGGAAACACAGCUCUACUUGGAGCGUGUCGUAGAGGCCUUGCUGAGAUUGUGGAAUACCUGAUUAUGCAUGGGGCCAUGAUGGACACCAAGAAUGAUAAUGAAGAAACAGCUCUUCAUCAUGCCUGCGAAACAAAUGUUCAGCAAGUUAUCACAAUUCUUCUACAGUCUGGCAUCGAUUCCGAGGCUAAGAGAUCUGAUGGACAAACGGCACUCGAUGUUGCGAUUGUAAACGAUGCGUUAGAAGCGAUUCAAGUGCUCCUGAACGCAGGAAUCCACGUCCCAGAAGGCAUCACUAUCCCUGAGAUCCCGCCUUGGAGAAACAUUGCAAUGGUAAAAGAAUACCAUCCUGAGACACCAAAAGACCAAUUCGAAGCAUAUUUCUAUCUCAAAAUGGCCGCAUCUGGGAAGCUGUCGUCUUCUUUACUCUCGCACAUUUUUGAUCUCGCUGAAUACUGGCUAGUGAGUGAGACUGAGCGAGUCGAAUCAAAGUGUGCUGCAAGACAACAUGGCGAUACAAUGGUCUACCUACGCAGUGCCCCAAUAUUCGGAAAUCUACACCACCCUGUCCGACGAAUCGACUACGAAGUUAUUAGCCACGACCAAGGUUAUAGCGGGGAUAGCCACCUGCAUGGACAAUACGAUGGCUCAUAUACAUGGUUCGAUGCAAGCCGCGAAUGCAGUCCGGGCCCAUUCGAACAAGCAGCCCGCCGGAUUCCUGGACCAGAAAUCUUGCGAAAUGUUCAUGCAAGUUACGCCUGGCACAAACAUCGUGUUAUUUGGUGCUCGACUACUGGCGAAAGCUAUCUCCACGUGCGCACAGAUAAAGAAACAAAAGAAGAGAUUGAAGAGCCUGUUGCAACGGUUCGCUACGAUCACCGGCAGCCAAAACCAGUGCCUCUCAAGUGGAUAUCUGAGAUCAACCCUGGAGAUCGGCUGGUCAUGAACGCCAUAGCUAUGUUUCCAGGGUGGGAGAAUCAUAUUCAGAGAGCCAAGGCCAUUAUACAUACAAGCUGCCUUAAGGCUAGUGCGCAAACAUGA